UUUUUUGCAUUUGAACAAUUAAUAACAAAAUUCUAAAAAAUAAAGCAAUUUUUUUUUUUGUAAUUUAAUUCAUUGUUUGAAAACAUACAGAUCUAGAUUCUAGAUCUAAUUAUAAAACAAAUAAAAUAUUAUUUUUUUGAAGGAACAGCUGUAAUUUAUAGGAAAAGAUAUCAUAAUAUAAGUUGAUUUCUAUCAUCUGGUGUGGCAAUGAAACAAAAGAAAAUACCUCUUUGCAGAAUAGUUUGAUGAGAAUGAAGUAAACAAACAAAAAUGGAUAUAUAUUGUAAAAUAUUGUGAUACAUUCUGGAAAACUUGGUUUCAUCACCAGAGAGAUUAUGAACUACUGUGAAAUGAUAGGUCUGGGCAUGUAUGUCUUCUACAGUCUCUGGGGUAUCUUUACCUUAAGCACUGUCAUAAACAAAGCUGCCUUAUAGUGUCCACUAGCAAUCUUCAAGACCAGCCCAUUUCAUAACACAAAUGUGGAAGCUGAACAGAAAGAAAGUUACAGAUGAAUGCAGCCUGGCGGAGAAGAAACCUCUCAAGAUAGUUGGCGAGGUCUCCGAACAAGACAAACUUAAAGGUGAAGGUGACAAUGUUAAAAUGAAAGAUGAAUCUCAUUCAGAGAUAAAAGAAGCACAAGAAGAACCAAAAGAAGAAAGCGACCAGCAACCUUCAUGUCAAAACAAGGUUAGCUCCGCUGAAAUGACUGAACAAUUUUCUGGAAAGAAGAUUGAGCAGCCUAUCAAGAGCACCAAGUCCAAGGAAGACAUUCAUCCUCCUCAUCAAGACGUACACUCUGAGGGGGUUGAGAUUGUUGACAAGCCUCAUCCACCAUUUAAACACAGUUUUGAAAGGCUACCUAGCUUAGAGAUCGCUACCAAAGACGAUGUUGAUGCAGGGAGCAUUUAUUCCCUGAUUAUGAAACACGACUUCCGCUACCACUUUCAGCAUCCGUACUUUAGAAUGUUCACUGCCUACUUUGUCACCUUCUGCAACUUCCUGAUCUAUGCAGAGGAUCCAGUGGCCCACAGCAGGAGUGAGUGCAACAUACCUGUUAUUGGAAAUGAUUUUUCCUUUGUCUUCAUGAAGUGGUUCCCCAACAGUUGGAGUGUUCUGAAAGCAUUCAUGUGGUUUUCUGGGAUUAUAGUUGGACUGAUUGCUGGGAAAGUUAUUUUUCAUACUUUCUUGUUCAAUCAUCUUUUACGUCUGAAGAUGUUCCACGAUGAUAAGGGAACAUGGAUGACCAUGUUCCUCAGCACGGUCCUCUCCGUCUUCAUCUUCUCCUACCUGUACAACGCCCUUCUCAUGAUCGGGGGCGACCACACGGCGCCCUACGCCAUAUCCACCUACAUGGGCAUCACCAACAGCGCCUUCAUGAAAGCGGCGGCCACGGGGACCUGGUGCGGAGACUUCUUCACGGCCUGGAUGGUGACUGAUAUAAUGCUCCAAGAGAAGCUCUACCCGGGUUGGGCCACUCUGGCCAGGAAAUGGUGGAACACAAACAUGAACCGCAUAAUUGUGUUUUGGAUCGCAGUCAGCAUGUGCUCGUUCAUUGUCCUCUUUGUCAUCGCCACAGACUACAUCAACUGGGACAGGCUGAACCAUGACUUUCUGCACAGCAAUGAACUGUCUCGCUCUUUUCUGGCAUCCUUCAUCCUGGUCCUGGACAUCACCAUAGUCAUGCAGGAUUGGGAUUUCCCUCAUUUUGUAGGUGCCAUAGACAUUAAGUUGCCAGGUGUUAAUGCUUCACAUGUUCGAUUCAAAAUUCCAAAGCUGCUCAGAAAACUGGAAUACUGGCACAUACAUAUAUCAGGCAAGUGGUUCAACUAUGGGAUCCUCUUCAUUGUCAUACUUCUGGAUCUCAAUAUGUGGAAAAAUCAAAUGUUUUAUGCGCCUUAUGAUUAUGGACAGUACAUCGAUGACUAUGGAAGAAUCUACACUGUGCUAGACUCAUUCAGUUUGAACAAUGCUAACAAAUCUAUACUGACCUUCUAUUACAGAAACAGCACUAUUAACCCAGAUACUGGGAAUGUUUACGCCCUAGCUGACACAAGAAUGAAUUCAAGAUACAAUGGUUAUUCCCUAGGACUCAAGGGGCUAGCCUUUGUGCCCAGCUUGGCUAUUUUCUUAAUUUUUGGUCUGAUGGUGGCCAUCUACGGACGACGACCUAAGCCCACUCAAGAAAACCCAUAUGCUGGACGCUUGUUGAAAAGAAGAAGAAAUAAAUUCAACGGGAAUAAGAAGUGGUCCAGCUUGAGAGCCUUUCUUUACCGAGCAAUGCCCCUGACCAAUCGCUUGCGGAAAAAAAGAUUCAACACUGCCAAUGAAGAUGUAAAAGAAAAUGUGACUAUUGAGAUGGUUAAAGACGAGUCUGAUUAUCAUCACUCCCAGGGAGAUGUACCAGAGCUAGUUCAGGUCUCAAGUUUAAACAAAAUGUAAAAUAAUUGGUUUGCUUGAGAUUCUUUUUUUUUUAUGUUAGCAUCUAUAUAAAUCUAAAUCAAAUUGUAAAAAUUAUGUUUUAGCUUCUAUGGUCAGUUUCAAAUUGUAACAAUUAUGUUUUAGCCUCCAUGGUCAGUUUCAAAUUGUAACAAUUAUGUUUUAGCCUCCAUGGUCAGUUUCAAAUUGUAACAAUUAUGUUUUAGCCUCCAUGGUCAGUUUCAAAUUGUAACAAUUAUGUUUUAGCCUCCAUGGUCAGUUUCAAAUUGUAACAAUUAUGUUUUAGCUUCUAUGGUCAGUUUCAAAUUGUAACAAUUAUGUUUUAGCCUCCAUGGUCAGUUUCAAAUUGUAACAAUUAUGUUUUAGCCUCCAUGGUCAGUUUCAAAUUGUAACAAUUAUGUUUUAGCCUCCAUGGUCAGUUUCAAAUUGUAACAAUUAUGUUUUAGCUUCUAUGGUCAGUUUCAAAUUGUAACAAUUAUGUUUUAGGCUCUAUGGUCAGUUUUGAAUUAUAAUACAUAUGUUUUGUUAGUUUUUAAUUUUUUUCUAAUUUUCUUGUAGCUUAAUUCAGUGUCACAAAUUUGAUUCUAUUGUUAUAGUAAUUGUAUAUUUUCAAUUUUACAUCUCAAGAGAGUAUCUUUUCCAUUAGGUUUUCAUUUAUGUUACAUACGUGGUAAAUAUGUUCAAUCUUAAAUUAAUUUUAGACAAUCUUCUAGUGCAAUAAAUUAUUUUCAUUCAUGGAUUUAGCUUAUUUCCCUUUAGUUGAAAAACAAACUUUCUAGUCCAUUUAUGUAAAGAUAUACUGACAGAUAUUUUACACCAAUGUGUUCUGUUAGCAGCUCUCCAUUCAUGUACACUACUUUAUUUCCCAUUGGCUAGAUUUUAAUUAAGCCAGGUCCACUAGUUUCUUUGUCCUAGUGGUUUUUGAAAUCCUUAAUUUACAGUUUUAUCAAUGAGUGGGUACAUGUACAGCUAGAGGUUUAAAAUGCUUCGUAAAUAAACCUAGGCUGUUAAAAAACAAAAAUAAUACUGGAAUUAUUCAAACUAUAAAUGGACUGCCUAUUGUUAUGUUAUUAGUGUUUAUCUUAUGAUUUUGUACUGGUGAUUACAAAAAUGUGUUAGUAACCUUGAAGAUAUUUAACAGAGUUUUAUAAGUUGAUAUAAAAGUGUACAAAGUAUAUAAUGUGAUGCCUAAAUUUGUACUGAUCUUAACAACAAAAUUUUAUGAUAUUUUUGUCAUUUAAAAAAAAAAAAGAUUUUUAGUUUUUUAGAAAUAAUUUCUUUUACUGAAAAGGUUAAUAUACUUCUAUAUGGAGUAAAAGGCAAGUUGAAUGUUAGCCCAGCUGUCUUCUGUUUUAUAUUAGUUCAGCUUGGAUUCAAUACAAUAUUUAGUUCACUUGAUUCUAAGGACCUAAGUAACCAAUGGGUCUGGUGUUUGUACCCUAAGCUCCAUGUGUCUAUUGGCUUUUUGUUAUUUGUUAAAGAAAGUAAAGGCAGUUACUUAUUGAGCUGCCCAAUGACUAUUCCCCAUCCCCAUUGGUGCUUUGAGGCCCUAUAUGUUUCAUGAGGAACACAAAGGAAAGAUGAUGCUUGGUGCUUUGAGGCCCUAUAUGUUUCAUGAGGAACACAAAGGAAAGAUGAUGCUUGGUGCUUUGAGGCCCUAUAUGUUUCAUGAGGAACACAAAGGAAAGAUGAUGCUUGGUGCUUUGAGGCCCUAUAUGUUUCAUGAGGAACACAAAGGAAAGAUGAUGCUUGGUGCUUUACUAAAAAACAAUUUAAAAAACACUUGCCCAAUAUUUUGGUCCAAUUCUGCAUGGAGAUUAAAUACAAAAGAAAUAAGCAUGACCUAUGGCUUAAUGUAGUCACAAAAUGACUAUGGUUCUUCUCAUAGAAAUGUGAUGAAUGUCUGGGCAUUAGCUAUGGUCAGAAUGAUAUUGCUCACACAGCAGCUCUCCCACCUUGCCACUUGACAGCGGAUUUGUUCAAAGGAAUGGCAAGUGCCAUAUAGUUUGGAAUAAGCUGCAAGCUGCCUGGGAGUCACCAGCUCUUCCUGAUGUUUCCUCAGGGUUGAAGCCUUUCACAUGUUUGGGUAUAGCUGCAAGGCAGCAGAGCUUGGAGUUUUCCUUCUCCUAGGUGGGUAGCCAAUGAAGGCUAGGGGUCCCUGCUGCCCUAAGCUUACUGGUAUGUGAUCCAGCUGCUUGGCUUUCAGUAUUUCAUGUCAGUGAUAACAGUUUUGCUGUACCCAAUAUCUGAGCCAAGGUCAAGAGUUAGGCCUGUAGUCAGAGGCUAUUUGAGAGGCAGUUGGAAGCAUUUUAUAAAUAGGUAGGGGAAGGGUUAUAGCCAUUAUCUUAGAAUGGUCAGUAUAGUACGGGUGUCCAGGCCUUCAAUGGUUAGUAGCAAGGCUCAAUGUAUGUUGUGUCCAGCAGUACACUAUAUUUGUACAUUUGUUGAUGUCACUAUAAGCUUUAAUGUUAUUUGUUUAUACAUCAAGUGGCUUAUAUAUUGUCAAAAAAAAAUAUCACAAAGUUUAUUUACUAGAAUAUUAUAAAAAAAUUUUAUACAUUUAGAGUCAGUGAUUCGUGUAUCUUGAUUUAUGUAAUAAAGAUAUCUUUAUAUACAUAUCCUUUUGUGUAUAGUUGAUGGAACAGUCUAUAUAUUGAAAUGCUGUAAUAUUUGAUUAUACAUAUAUACAUUUGAUGCAUUUAAAAUGAGUUUGUGCAUAACAAUUGUUUAAGAAUACAAAUAUGUAACUUAAUAUUGUGUAAAUUAAGUAAUCAAAACUAGUCUAAAGAUUAUUUAUAUUUCAUAUAUAAAUGCAUACUGGGCCGGAUCUAAGGAAGGGCAGCCGGGGCUACUGUCCAGAGGUCUCCACAAGAAAGGGGCCUCUGCAAUCGAGGAAAAAAAAAUCAUAUUUUGAUGAGUCAGCAACUUAAAAAAAAUAAUAAUUUGUUCGAAUUUUUACCAACAGUACUUAAAAUCUUACAGUUGAAGGAAAUUUUUAUUUAAUUUAAAUUGCUAUCUUUCUAUUACAGUAUGGCAUGUGUUUAGAUAUUAGUAAUUUUUUUUAGAUGUUUAUUAAAGUUUUUGAAAAAGUGUAGGGGCCUCCACUAACUUAAAUCCAGCCCUGAAUGCAGCAUCUGUUUUAGAAUCUGUAAGCAUUUGAUGUAUUUAUUUUUUAAAUGGCUGUUCAUAUUUGUGAAACGCUGCCUCACUGUCUGACUAAAGGAGUGACUUGGUGAAAAAGUCAAUUUGGAGAAAUCAACUUUAAGCCAAAAUCGAUAUAAGGUUGUUGAUAUGAAAACCUAGUGGCUAAAAUUGAAUAGGCUUCUAGAAAAUGCCAUGAAGCUUGACUUUGUUCACAUUGUCAGACAGUGUCACUUGAUUCCUCAUUUCAUUCCAUUGCUGUAUUCACAAAUCACUCUGAACUUUUUUUUGACUUGCAUUUACUUUCAGAUUUUUUUUAGCGAGUGUAUAUUAAUUUAAACACAAUUGUAUGAUCAAUGUCAUUGAAAUAAAUCAAUUUUAUGUCUACGUUGUCCAGAAGUGGUCAUCACUAACUUAUGUCAUCAGUUAAUGAGUUUCUCUUUUGUCCCUAUCUAUAAAGGCCUUGACCUGCAUUUGCCCUUGCCCCUGCCCCACAUAAGUCAAAGGUUAGUCAUCCAUCCUGGACUCUUGAUUUCAUUGAAUGUUUGACAAAUGUAGACAUACAGAGAUGUAUCUUUAUGUUUUGAAUGUACUUACAAUUUACAAUGUGGCCAAUACAAUCAGGAUUAAGUGAGUAUGGUUAUAUGGAAAUGUGCUCAGGUAUUUCUUAGGCUGGUAGUUAAGAAAUGAUGCUGCCAUGUUAUUAAGUGCUCAAUGUCCAUCAACCUAUUUAUUCCAAAACGUAGGCACGAUUCAUUAGCAAACUAAUUCUUUCUGAGCAAAAAUAAAUUAUCUUCUAAAUUAAUUUUGUCUAAUAUUGGCAUACACACUUUGAACAUAAAUAAUAAUAGUCUUUACAAUUUUGCAUUCCAUCCAUCCAACCAUCCAAGUGGCACAACAGACCGUGGAGGGCCCUGGCCUGCACAUCUUUCCAUUUUGAUCUAUCCUGGGCUUUACGUCUCCAUGCCCGAACUCUGAACUGUUGUAGAUUUGCACUACAUCAUCAAGCCACCGUACUCAUGGUCUGCCUUUGGGACACCUGCCUUUUGCUUUUUGUGAGUGAACAAUCUUUAAUUUGCUCUUCUGUUCUCUGACAUUCUGUCGAGGUGACCUGCCCAAGUUAUCUGAUUCCUUUUUGUGCUAUUGUGCAUUGCACACAACAAUACAUUGUUAGAGCAAACAGAGUGUACGAUAACACACAAAACAUAGACGUCCAUACCACAGUUUCUCUUUAACAUUACAUGUGAAAUUUAACAGUGUCAUAUGUUUUUCUUCCAGCUCCUCUUGGGGUAUGAUUGAAAACAUAUGACUUCUAUUAUUUCGACCUCUACAAUCUACAGACUUGAUAAGCUUUAUAACUAUUAAAUAAAUAAUCUCUAAAUGUUACUCAAAAAAUAAAACGCUUCAAACACAUCAGCUCAAGAACAAGAUAUCCAAUAUCUCAAAAUGACACACCUGCACUCAUAACAAACUAACCCACAAGAUAACAACUGACUAACUAAGCUCUCUCAGUCAUAGCCAGAAUCAAAACAUUGAGUUCACAGUUCACAUCAGGUGCAGACUAUUCACAUUCAUACCCUGGGAAUAUAUAUAUAUAUAAAGGGAUAUAACUUAUUCAUACCAAAAUAUCAACAAAGAAAUAACAUAUUCACUCUUGCCGUACCUGCCCCUGACAAACAGUUAGUUACAUUUUGUUCAACGAGUUAAUUGCCAAAGGAACAAAAAUUUUUUUUUAUGUCUUUUUGUUUUUGUGAUGGGUGUCUUAUAUCUCCUUUGUGAUGGGUGUCUUGUAUCUCCCCUUUGUGAUGGGUGUCUUAUAUCUCCUUUGUGAUGGGUGUCUUAUAUCUCCUUUGUGAUGGGUGUCUUGUAUCUCCCCUUUGUGAUGGGUGUCUUAUAUCUCCUUUGUGAUGGGUGUCUUAUAUCUCCUAUGUGAUGGUAAACUCUUAAGAUCCACUCAGAUUGGUUAGCAAACUAUAUGUAUCAUUGUAAAGGUUUUAAGAGACACUUUAAGAGUUUCCCUGAAGUGUUUUCAUUGUCCACUUUGUGAUUCACUUUCUUUAAUUGACCAUAAAGGAGUCUUUUAGGGCUGCCUCGCCCAUUGCAGCAGAGACUGCACCAGGAUUGUGUGGCCAACUUUUCAAAGGACUUGAGUAUCAGGUAUUUUUUUCUUGCCAUUACACACGCAGUAUUUGUCUGAGACAGAUCAUGUGGUUCAGUUUUUGUGCAUCUUCUGUAUACCGUCCAUGUUUCUGAGGCAUAAAGCAAUAUGGGGAGGAUGAUAGAGGCUUAUCUUGGUACUUGUGGUUAUACCUCGACUAUUCCACACAUAUUUAACAGUCUACAGUAGUUUGUAUCAGAUAUCAAUUGAAUGACUCUUAACAUCAGUUAAUUAGCUUUUGUGUAUAAACCAAAUGUAAAUUACAUUAGAUGUAAAUGUAAUGAUGUAAAUUACUUGAUUAGGUGUUGAAUUUCUUUUUUUAAAUUCUUAUUUACUAUUUAUCAAGGGCAGAAGAAAACAAAAAGAAAUAGAGUUGCCUCCACUUGAAGCAGAAAUAGGUUUUAGAAAAACUCUCAUUAGGAAACAGCAUUUGUUGUUUUUUUUUUGUGAUUCACUUGUUUUGAAAUGGAAAAUAAAAUACUUUAUUGUAA